AUACAUAAAAACAUCGGAAGGAAUAUACUACAUUCAUCCUCUAGAAGAUACCUCGCAACCAACAAACUUCAACGAUAGUUUUCCUCAUAAAAUAGAAAAAGUUACUCAUGGUUUCAACUUAUGGGACUUUGAAAAUGGAAAUGGUAUAGAGUUCGACGAGGAUGUCGUUAGUAAUAACGAAGGUGAACAUAGCAAACGUUCAGAGCAUCGUAUAUCGAAACGAGAAAUAGAAUAUGGAUAUUUUGAUUCUGUAGAAGAAUACGAAACUCAUACUGAAUCAGACAUUUACGGGCGUAGAACUACAAGAGAUAUCCCGAGAAUGUUAAACGAUGAUACAUUUAAAACAUUCGUUAACCAAGAAUAUUACGUGGAAGUUAUGGUAGUUGCCGAUAUGACUGUCUAUCAGUACCAUAAAAAUGAAGAGAGAUUGAAACAUUAUAUUCUCACAUUAAUGUCUCACGUGGCUCUUCUUUUCAAAGACGCAUCAAUAGGUAAUCCAAUCUCCUUAUCGGUUGUGAAAAUUUGGAUUUUGAAAGAUAUCAGUUUUGCCAGUUCAUGGUCAUCAGAAAUGCUCCAAAAAUUUUGUGAUUGGCAAAAUGUUCAAGUUCACGAUUACCCUCAUGAUGUUGCUCUUUUGUUGACAAGAGGUGCACUUUGUAAACAGCAUUCAGAUUCAUCUUGUAACCUAUUAGGGGUAGCCCAAAGAAGUUCGAUGUGCUCUUCAAAUAGUUGUGCCAUUGUUAAGGAUAAAGGUCUAUCGACCUCGUUUACUAUUGCGCAUGAACUUGGACACCUUCUUAGUAUGUCCCACGAUGACGGGGAAGAUUGUGUAAAAUUCAAUGAUAGUCCAAUCAAAGGAAUAAUGAAUAAAAUAAUGUUAAAUGACUCAGAACCGUGGACCUGGUCUUCUUGUUCCAAAAGUUUUCUAUCUCACUUUUUAGAAUCAGGAAAAUCGGAUUGCCUUCUGGAUCAACCUAGCAAAGAUCUUGUCACUGCCAAUUUUCAAAACGUAUUACCUGGGGAACAUUUCGAAGUCGAUUUACAAUGUCAACUUGAAUUUGGAAGAGGGUCUAAAGUUUGCUCUUUUAUGCCUCCUUGUGGAAGUCUGUGGUGCACAACAGAAUUAAUGGAACAGGAAGGCUGUAAAACGCAAACAAUGCCUUGGGCAGAUGGGACAUCAUGCGGACAUAACAGUUGGUGUCAUCGUGGUAAAUGUGUUGCUUUGGACAGAGGACUCCUUAAACCAUUAGCAGGCGGAUGGGGUCCUUGGCAAGCUUGGGAGCCUUGCACGAGAACUUGUGGAGGUGGUGUCAAAAUGUCGAGGAGAUCUUGUGAUUCUCCGCGGCCAGCGAAUGGAGGAAUGUACUGUAUUGGUAGAAGCGUUCGAUAUGUUUCCUGUAACACAAAACCCUGUGAUGCAAGUGCCCCCGAUUUUAGAGAACUUCAAUGUGCUGAACAUAAUAACAAAAAUAAGGGCAUUCCUGGAGUACCAGCUAAUGUAAAAUGGAUACCAAAAUAUGGAAAACAGGACGCAGAUGAUCUCUGCCGCUUGUACUGUAGAAUUCAGGGUGAUAGUAAUGAUUACAUACUGAAUGACAAAGUGAUUGAUGGAACCAAGUGUGGUCUCACCUCCUUUGGUAUAUGCGUCAAUGGAAUUUGUAGACCUGGAGGUUGCGAUAAUAAACUUGAAUCAAAAACAGAACUUGAUGCUUGUGGUGUUUGUGGUGGAGAUAACAGUACCUGCGAGGAAAUUCAGGGAUCAUUCAACGACAGUGUCUAUGGCUACAAUAGGGUGGUUAAAAUUCCAAAAGGUAGCUUAAACAUUCAUAUAUAUCAGCGCGGACAUCGGAAUUCUCAUAAAGAUGAUAAUUAUUUGGCACUAGUGGAUGGAGAAACAGGUCAUUAUAUAUUGAAUGGUAAUAGGUCUGUUUCACUGUACUUAAAAGAUAUAAUAUAUGGUGGAUUAACCAUAAGAUACUCUGGGUCAGAUUCAGUGGUCGAAGAAAUUUCGACACCUCCACGUAGGAAGUUGAAAAAAGACCUCUACGUUGAAGUUCUUUCUGCUGGAAAAGUGUGGCCACCAGAUAUUACUUACAAAUAUACAAUUAGUAAGCACAUCGUACCUAAGUUUGGCUGGAAACUGUACAAAAAGGUUUGGUCACCGUGUAAUUCAAUUUGUGGAGGUGUUCAAUACAUGCAACCAAAUUGCAUGAAUUUGACGUCAGGAUUACCUGUUUUGGACGUAUACUGUUCCGAGUUUGAAAACCAUCACUUAGUUCAAUCAAGGGAUUGCAAUACACACUGCCAAUUGGAGUGGAAUGUGGUAGCUAGGGGUCAAUGCGAUGUGCAUUGUGGACAAGGUGUUAGAACAGUUUCAUACAAUUGUAUAAAAAUUGAUACGAAUCAACCAUAUUACACUGAAAACUUCAAAGAAGUUGUUGAUGAUCAAUAUUGCAACGUUCUUCCAAAACCAGCAAAACUAGAAACUUGCCAGGGUCCUUGUAACAAACCACGAUGGGAAUAUGGAGAAUGGUCACAGUGUUCAAAAACAUGUGGAGUUGGAACGAGAACGAGAAGUGCACAUUGUAUUGACAAUCAGCGACAGGCGGUUGACAAUUCCUACUGUAGUUAUACAGAAAAGCACGUUUCCGAAUUUUGCAAUACCGACAACUGUCCAUAUUGGACUGAAGGAGGUUGGUCAUCGUGUUCAGCCACGUGCGACAAGGGUUACAAAACGCGAGAAUAUUACUGCAAUGUGGGCGGUCGUGUGAUUGCUCCAGAAGCUUGCGAUUUAUCCUCGCGACCUAACGUGACAGUUGCGUGUGAAGAACGAGCAUGCGCACGAUGGACAACAGGCAAAUGGGGCGGCUGCAGUGUUACCUGCGAUCAAGGUGUCCAAACGCGGAAGGUGUAUUGCUGGAUGUGGGGAAAGGUGGCCAGUGAGAAAAAUUGUAAAGGUUAUUUAAAGCCGAAUGGAACACGUGUAUGUGUCAAAGAUCCAUGUCCUGAAAUCGGCAGUUUUGUUGAUACCAUUAACAGUAAUGCAGGAAGAAGAAGUACCGUGAACAAGAUCCAUUCCUACCACGCUUCCAAUAAUAUUGGGGAGUACAGGUGGAUCUCAGGAGCUUGGACACAGUGUUCAAAAACAUGUGGAGGGGGUUACAUGGCCAGAGCUGUAGUUUGUAGGGAUGGAAGGGGUGAUGAAUUUGAAUCUAUGUGCGAUCGGAAUGAGAAACCUAAGGAUGAAGUGCCCUGCAAUAUGGGACCUUGUCCAGUAAAAGUGCAGCAUAGAGAUAAACCUUUGAAGAAUGAAGACAAAUGUAAUCCAAAGACAAAUCCAGGAGGCUGCGACAACAAUAAUUAUGAAUGGAAGGUUGGAAAAUGGGAUCGAUGUUCAGAAACCUGCGGGAAAGGAAGACGUAGAAGAACUGUUUCGUGCAUAGCACUUCAACAGAAUGUUGAAGUUGUCGAUUCAUUCUGUGGUCAUACGAAAAAACCAAAAACGAUUCAAAAUUGCGAGCGUUACAAUUGCGAAUAUGCGUGGAUAGAAGGACCAUGGUCGGAGUGUUCAGAGAUGUGCGGCGAUGGAAUAAAGACGAGAACGGUGACAUGCCAUAGAAUAUCUUCGAGUAGUAAUGGAUUCGUCAUCGACAGUCCAGUUCAUCCUUUAAGUUGUUAUGGAAGUCAGAAACCAAUUACAAAGCGCAUGUGUAAAGAUCGCAAUUGUAACGACAAUUAUUUCUGGACAGCCGAUCCAUGGGGAGACUGUAUGCCUUUUAAGGGUAGAAAAGGACGAAAAAUUCGAAAUCUUCAUUGUAAAAGCAGAGAUGGAAGGAAAGUUGGAAAAACAUUAUGUCCCCGCAAUUUGAAACCACGUAGAAAACAGAAAUGCCUUCUUCAUAAGUCGUGUAUUGACAUCAAAUAUGGCGAAGGUACCAAAAAAGAUGGCGAGUAUAAAAUAUGGAUCAAUAAAAAACAGAUAUCGAUUUACUGUCACCGAAUGGACACUGCUGAACCUCAAGAAUUUAUUACUUUGAAAAACGAGAAUAACUAUGCAGAAUAUUUUAACAAAAGAUUGGUAGACAUCGAAACUUGUCAAAGUAGAGAGAACUGUGACUGUACUUCCAUAGGACCCGACAGAUACGGCUUGACAAGCUUCCAAAAAGUUCGAAUCAACAUAACGACUAUGCUGAUCAUACCUAACGACUUUAGCUUCUCUUAUCAAUUGGAGGGGCGACAAAUAGAUUACGGAAGUGCUGGUGAUUGUUACAGUAUGAGUAGGACAUGUCCCCAAGGUCGCUUCUCAAUAGAUUUGAGAGACACUUCCUUCAGACUUUCCAAGAGCAUACGAUGGGUAUCGAAAGGCCAAUAUGCCAGCAUGGAAAUAGAUAAAAGCGACUACAUCGCAGUGGGCCAAUGUGGAGGCUAUUGCGGUCAGUGUGUGCCGGAUCCCUCUGUGGGAUUGCUUUUAGAAGUAACUUAGAAGUAUUUAUGAUGAUUAUUAUUAUUAUNAUAAUAGUCAUUUUUAUUCCCCUAUAAAUAUUUUUACUACAGUAAAUCAAACAAAUCAUGACAAUAUCCAAGACUGCCAGUGCAUUUUAACCAUAUAUACACAUUUACACUUUAAAUAUUCGUUAAAAAAAGAAAAUGAUCUUUUUUACUGCCAGAUAUUAGCUGCCCCCUUUUUAUUAUUACAUAAUAUGUAAAAUUUACCUUACAGUAUUUUUUUUAUUAAAUAAAUAAAUCGACGACGGUUUUAAUAAUGAUGACGAUCAUUAUUAUUAUUAGAUAAUAUUAAUUAUUACGUAAACCUUUUGGGUGCAAAUUAGUUUCGUGUGUUGUACUUCGUGUUGGCUUUUCAGAGGUCGAAUAAGUCUGCUAAAAACGUACAAAUAGUAGCUUGUAAAAAUAUAGCGUUUUGUAAAUAAUAAUAAUAAUAAUAGAUAAAUGGAUACAUAAGUACGCAUGUUUGUAUUCAUAACUGACCGUUUAGUUUCAAUACUUUUUUAUUUUUCACUUAACACCGUAAUAAACUGAUAAGAAGACAAAAUGCAAAUCUGACAGUGGUCAUCAUUGACGUGUAACAUCUAACAUCGGUAUCGAGCAAACUGGUAAUUUCAGAACAUAGGGCGCCUAGAAAUAUAUCGUGUUUUUCAAAACCAAGGUCACAGAUCAAUUGAUUAUCGAUUAUCAGCCGUGUUUCUUUCUCUCUUUUUCUCCGCCUCUUCAAGCGCCAAUUGCAGGCUGCCUAGCAACAUAUCGUGCUCUUCAAAACCAAGGUCAUCAAUCGAUUGGUUGUCAGCUGUGGUUUUCUUAUCUCUUUUUCUCUCCACCUCUUCUAGCGCCAACUACAGGCAGCGUAGCAAUAUAUCGUGUUCUUCAAAACCAAGGUCACCGAUCCAUUGGUUGACAGCUGUGUUCUCUUUCUUUCUUUUUUUUUUCUGCCCCCUCAAGCGCCAAUUGCAGGAAGCCUAGCAAUAUAUCGUGUUAUUCAAAAUCAAGGUCACGGAUCGAUUUGUUUUCUUUCUCUUUUUUUUGUCUCCACCUCUUCAAGCGCCAACUGCAGACAUUAUCGAUUGAAUAGCACGCGCUUCUUUUGCUCCCUACUUCCGGUUACGCGUUUUAGUUGCAUUCACGAAAUGGCUCCCAUGGACCCACAGAUGUACUACCGAGCGGCAAGAUGCUACUCAUCAAAACACAAGCAAAAUACAAAUGUUUCACAUAUAAAAUCGGUACUUUUUCUAUUUUAGUAGGUAAUGUCUAAAUAUGAGUUGUACCCAUGUGUUAAUAUUUUAAAAAUUGGGAUGUGCCUAUUGAUACAUACAGUACGUGUAUACAAUUCGCUAUUUAUACAUGCAACAUGUAUGCGCAAUACUUAGUAUCAUAAGGUUUAUAGUAGGAGAAGACAACACUCUAUUAUAUAUUCUAAAAAUACCUUCAUUUAAAGUAUCUUCAUACUAUCACCACGUAUUUGGCUUGUGUAUACUCUCGAAAUACACAGUAUAAAGGUGUUCUAUACAGUAGACUUCCUAGACACACACAUACUUCAUCCUCCUGAUGACACUUCACCACCUUAUUACCGAAUUCCCCGCUGAAGAAGGCCUGUCUUUGUGAAGUCACAAUACAGAUUUAGCGCUUAUUGGAAUGAUUUACGAUCUCCUGCAAACUACGCCGACAUUUUAGAUCAAAUCAAAGAAGUGACCCCACUGUAUAGAAUAUCAUUAUACCGAUGUGCUUUAGAGGCUGUCCGUGACCAUUUUAAAAAUAAACUUAAGAAUAAAAUGACAGAUGGUAACAUGCUAAAAAACUGACGCCCAAUAAUAGUUAUUUAUUAUUUAUUGUAGGAUUAUUUUAUAUUUAUUUGAACUCGUCAGGUUGUUUAUUUUUAAAUUAAUUAUGAACCCUUUGUUAAGAAUUAAAAGAUAUGUUGUUUUGUACGUAACUUUAUAAAUUAUUUUUAUUACAGCUGAAAUUUUUUAUAUUAUUAUUUGAUGUUGUAUAGCUUGACGUGUAAAAUAUGUUUAACCAAUCGACUAUUUAAUAAUUAUUUAUCGAUAAAAGCAACCUCUUGCAUAUACUCGAGUCACAUAAACAUUUUUAUUAAAUUGUAAUUUUGUCUUUCUACCUAUAUUUAUUAACGCUGCCAUAUUUUUAUUGUAAUAGUAUAGUAUUACUUUAGGUACAUAUAUUUUUUUUUUCAAACGCCUUUAUCUAUUUUAACUUUUAAAAAAUCAAUUUUUCAUUUGUAUUAUUUUUUUUGCUGCAUGUAUUAUUGUGUACACUGCCACAGUUACCUUCUGUAAUAAAAAUAUAC